GUGAGCGACGGGUGCUUCCUAGAUAUUUAAAUUUGACGCUCAGUUUUUUUUAAUUCAAUUUUUCUUGUUUAAAUUCAAAAAAUAUAAAAUGCACUACCACAGUGAUUAUAGCAGUGGUAGCGGCACGUCUUUAGAUUCGUACUCGUGGGGUGGCAGUCAGUCGCUGCCGACGCCCCAGAGUAACUUAUCGGCCCUGGACCAGGCGACCCGAGGCAGAUCGGUCAGCUACGCAGACGUGAGUGCCAGAACCCACGUAGACAGAGUGAUGGAAGAGUUUCGUCUGAACGGCGUCGACUCCCCCUACGAUCCCGACGCGGACGGCGCCAACAGACGAGCUGCAUCGAUGGUGCUGCAGCCUAGCGGGUUUCGCGGGAAGUCAAUACGCGCUGCACAGCACACCGCACACCAGAUGUCACAGCAGACGCCCGUCUUAUCCGCACUGGACCACGGCUAUGCCUCCACUGAGAACAUGGGCGCCGGCGCUGCGGCAGCGGAGAACAUAACGGCGGAGCAGUACCGCGUGCUGAACUCUCUGCCACGCGCCGUCGUGCGAGCCCUGCUGCAACUGCUGCGCUCCUUCGACCGCCCACCACAAGUCGACGAGAACCGCGGGUGCGCGUUCUGCCGCGCGAACGGCGAGCGCGUGUCGUACUACCAGUCGCACUGUCUGCGGCGCGCCGGCCGCGUCACCUGCCCCGUGCUGCGCGAACACGUGUGCGCUCGCUGCGGCGCCACCGGCGACUCCGCACACACCAACAACUACUGCCCGCUCGCCUCGCAGCUCGAGCGCGAACGUUCGGCGGCCAUAAUGCGCAGCGUGCGCAUGUCGUCCGAGCGGCGGCGCUGGCAGCGCGAGCGCGGGCCGACACGUCUGUGUGACACAGCGCCAUCUGUGUCGGCCGCCGUCACUGUCGGGGGCAGGGUGUACAGCGGCGAGGACACGCUCGACCCUGUCUGGGCAGAGUUAGAGAAAAAGUUAACGCAAUAAGUUACUAAUUAUAUCACUCCUGAUUGGUAAUUAGCGUUAGCUUUAUUUUUUACAUUACUAUUUUGUACUUUUGUUUUUUCUUCAAUUACUUUUAUAGUAUUUUCGAAUUAGUACGCUAGAUGGCGUAUUUAUACAAAUCUGACCGGAUGACAUAAAAUCGUUUAAAACAUAAGAGCCUCCUAGUU